AUGAAGGCAUUCUGUAUUAUUAUUGGCCUAGCUGGAUUGGCCAUUUCAGCUACUGUCAUACUUGCAUUAAUUCCCGCUUAUUUGCCAAACAACGCAGUGUCUGCUAACAAUGAAUACUCUGAUGAACAAUAUAUAACAUAUAAUUUACCGGAUAGCAUUCUAUUAAGUAAUGGAUCUUUGGCCGAUACACAGUUAAAGAACUUCGAAACAGCGAUGCAAGAAAAUCUUGCAAACGAUGGCAAAACACGCGGUUCACUAAUCUCUGUAAAGAAUGGAACGGCUUUUACAACCAGUAGCAAGAGAAAACGACGUGCACAAGUUAUUGGAGUAAGUAGCGAGGGCCAAUCCACAAUUUCAACGACACGACAUUGCAAGCUAACCUACAUCAUCAAGUGGCCACGGAGAGAUUUGUUAAAAGUUCGACGAUUGAAGCUAUUACAAUAUAUCAAACAGACAGUUUUAACUAACCUUACACUGUCCGGUUUUGAUAUUGAUCGUUCCAGCACGUUAUCAGGAGCAAAUGUUAGCUUAGCAUAUCCUAACGAUGAAUAUGCUUUCAAUCAAGCUAACGUACCAAUCACUCUACAACUAUCGUCUGCAAUUCUCGAUGUGACGAACUACACUCUAUUUUCAGGCAAUAGUAUAACUCCUAUCGUCAAUACGACUAGUACAAAUGCGAGCAUCACGAUCAAUAAUGGUUUUCCACCAGGACAUACUUUUCUCACCCUGAUUGCGUUGGAUAUUUACGGUCUUCCAUUAUUCUAUUCAUUUUCACUUUACUUCGGUAGUAUUUCAAUGUCUGUCAAGGUUCUGUAUGAAAAUAAGACAGCUGCCAGCGAUGCCUUCGUACAAAUUAAUGUAACAGAUUUCACUCGUGUUAGUCAAAGUGCCAAAACAGACGCAAACGGCAUUGCUCUGUUCAGCAACGUUCCACCUACGACGAUUUCAGUCUUCGCCUACACAUCUGACAAUCAAAUAGGUCUAGCGGGUAUCCAGCCAAAAUCCGGAGAACUGGUUGUCACGUUGAUACCUUUUCAUGGCAGCAGUAAGAGACGACGACGAUCAACAGAUGAAGGUACACCCUUCGACGUAUAUACCAAUAAUGUGCAAGCUUUGCAGACUAAAUCGGCUACUUUCUUGAGUCUACCGGAUGCUGCAAAAAUCUAUGUUAAGUAUCAAUUCAUCACAGCAGAAGUACCAGGCGGAUAUUUUGGAACACAGUACAAUGACUAUUUCAGUAUAACCAUCCGUUCUAAUACAGGUACCUAUCGAACUGUAACGCAGAGCAUGAACAGUCUUGGUUUGGGCGCUUUUGAUUAUGCAUCGGGUGCAACGGAUAUCUAUAAACUUACGAUGCCAGUCGGACAUAAACCUGAGUCGAUUCAAAUCGAUAUUGCCGUGUCGAAUGUGGCUGACGGCUUAUAUCAAUCACGACUAAAAGUACAUAGUUACGGAUCAGAUGAAUGUGACAAAUGCGAAAACAAUUGUGUCAAAUGCAAAUCUGAUCCGAUGUGUUCGUCAUCUUGUGCCAAUCCACCGAUGAAAAGCUGUGACUUCUAUCUUAGUUGCAUGGAACGAAAAGCGCCGUGCGGAUUAGGUGGCUACGCAAACAAUUAUGGAAAUGUUUACUGUAACAAAUUUGUUCAAAACCUGGGCCGCUUUAGUGCCGAAGGGCAAUUAUGGAUAUACAAUACGAUGAACUGUUUACAGAAAGCGUUAGUUUUCCCCUUACGGAAUUGUGUUAAGAGCUGCAGUAUUCUCGAAAGCUUGGCUUUUUCGUCGCAUCCUAGCUGCUACGUGAACAACGGUGUUUGUGAACUGCCGGCACUUGAUUAUAUUAGUCUUUUCCCAGUUGUUGGUCCAGGUCUUUUAAGUAAGGCUGGUAUUAUUCAAGCAUUGCUCACAGCUCCUCAGUGUAUUCCAAGUAUACGUAUUCGUAUCACUGCUGCGCUUCUUACCGUUCCAGAUUCCAAGACAAGACUAGCGCUGCUUAUUCUUCGAAAAUGGUUACUGUCUCUAUCAAAUUGA